GGUUAAUCAACAUCACUAGGACAAAACUUUGCUGACGCAUUUGUUCAAUUUUUCUGUGACUCUCUCACUCUCAGACUUUCACUCUCAGCCAAUUAACCAUGGCGGCCACGAGAGCCAUGGCCGUAGCGAGCAACACCACCACUGCCUCCGCCACUUGCUUGCUCUUCAAGAAGCCUUUCCUCUCCAAACAGAGUACCCUCUGUUUCAAGAACCUCAAGCCAGCGUCUUCCUUGGUUUCUAAGAGGUUGUUCACUUGUAGAGCUAUUUACAACCCCGAGGUUCAGAUCAAAGAGGAGGGUCAGCCCGAAACCCUUGACUACAGGGUCUUCUUCGUUGAAAAUUCCGGAAAGAAGGUUUCCCCUUGGCAUGAUAUUCCACUGCACUUCGGUGAUGGUGUUUUCAACUGUAUUGUUGAAAUACCCAAAGAAUCAAGUGCAAAGAUGGAGGUUGCUACUGAUGAGCCAUUUACCCCCAUAAAGCAGGAUACCAAAAAGGGAAAGCUUCGAUACUAUCCCUACAAUAUAAAUUGGAAUUAUGGAUUGCUUCCACAAACAUGGGAAGACCCAAAACUUGCUAACGCAGAAGUUGAAGGAGCAUUUGGUGAUAAUGAUCCAGUUGAUGUUGUUGAGAUUGGUGAAAGUCAAAGAAAAAUUGGACAAAUUCUUAAAGUCAAGCCUUUGGCUGCUUUGGCCAUGAUUGAUGAAGGGGAACUUGACUGGAAAAUAGUUGCAAUUUCAUUGGAUGAUCCAAAAGCUUCUCUUGUGAACGACAUCAAUGAUGUUGAGAAGCAUUUCCCGGGCACUCUUACUGCAAUUAGGGAUUGGUUCAGAGACUACAAGAUUCCUGAUGGGAAACCUGCAAACAAGUUUGGUCUUGGAAACAAGGCAGCAAACAAGGACUAUGCUCUUAAAGUCAUCACUGAGGCCAAUGAGUCGUGGGCUAAACUUGUCAAGAGAUCGGUCCCUGGUGGAGAUCUUUCACUUGUAUAAAAUGAAUGGGCAGAGCAGAACUCGGGACGGGACAUGACAACUUGUACUGUUAGUGACUUAUCAGAGAUUUUCCUUUUGCAGAGCGAUCCCUGGUAAUAUAUUAAGUUAAAAGCCAUUUUUCCCAUUGUUGAGCAGAAACGAUGCAUCACUCAUCCAUGGUUCUUUAAUGUUCUGAACUGUACUCUUAGUGAUGAAAUUAUCAAUUGCUUUUGGAGUGAAAGAUGAGAUUGGCACCUGCUACAUUCAAUAACAGAACAAAUAUUUGAGUUUCUUGUGAAUUUGUUUAUAUCUAUUUACUGGUAUCGUGCUUCUUAUGGGAAAAAAAGAGCAAAUUGUCCUUUA